UCAGCAGUUCUGAGUUCUUUAUGUUGAACAACUUAAAACAACCCUGCCCUAGAAAUGUGUCAUGUAACAUUUUAUUUUCAAAUUCACAAAGAAACUCGGAGAUUGUGGGUGGCCCCACAUUGUCAGCAGUUACAGUACAGGACUAAGCAGGCUUUUCUUCCCAGAGAGAAUAUAGAACAGGUUGUGGCAAACUCAAUUGGCUCAGAUUUCCAUGUCAAAUUCCCCUCGGGUGGCACUUGCAGUGUAAAUUUAGCCAACCUAUAUAUAAAGACCCACAUGUGCUCCGGUUGUCAAUUUUGCAGUCGGUUCGGCCCUUAUUUGGUCUCCUGUCUUGAACAGAAAAUUGACAUAAAUCCAUUGAAAACAUGGAUAAAUACAAUUGUAUUACUUUGGUGCAAUGCAGUAGACAAAAUUCCUCAAUCUAUACUUCUAAAAUGGCCAGUAUCCUUGCUGCUGUUUUCCCCUGCAUUUCUAUUGCUCCACCUGAUGUUCAAAAUGGCAGCUGUGGCCGCAGUCUAGUUCUGCAGCUAUUUACGGUUUUCAACCGUGCGCAAUAAAGAAAUGCCGUGUUCAAAACAACUGGGAACUCGGAAAUCUCCGACUUCAGUGCGGUCAAGACAACUGCGAGCUCGCAGGGCAAAAACCAGCACCGACUGGGGAAAAAAUCGGUUCGAACUAUAAUCCAAUUCGGAAACGGGCAUCUUUCAAGAGCUCCGACCUGAAGAUCACUGACGUCAUGAUUUGACCUCGGUUUUUUCCGAGUUCCCAGUUGUCUUGAAAGCACCAAAAGGACGUACUACUUAUCAUAUGUCGUCAUUUCGCCGUGCAAAGAAAAAAAUACACGGGUGAAAAAAUCGCCAGAACACAACCCCAACCGAACAGCCAACUCUGCCCGCUAUUUUUUUUGGUGCUUCAUUAUUUUACGCUCCCCGGUGAAAGUAGGCGGAGAUGAGGGGACUCCUGCCGUUUUACCGUGCUCUGAACGCCCUGUGUAACCGACAAGUCAGGCGAAGAGCUGGAUUUGCCGGUUCUCAGUGCGGGUUUAGCGGAACUGUGUCUGAUAGCAAGCCACAGCCACGCUUUGGCCUGCUGUUUGACAUCGAUGGCGUGCUUGUCCGAGGAAAGAUACCCAUCCCUGCUGCAAAAAAGGCAUUCCAAAAACUGGUCAACUCUCAGGGACAAUUUGUGGUGCCAGUUGUUUUUGUCACCAACGCAGGGAAUUGUAUGCGGCAGAUGAAAGCGGACCAGCUCUCACACAUCCUGGGAGUGCCUAUCACCAUGGACCAGGUGAUGAUGUCACACAGUCCACUGAGAAUGUUCAAGAAGUACCAUGACAAGUGUGUUCUGGUGUCAGGACAAGGACCCGUCCUGGAUAUUGCCAAAAACUUGGGCUUCCAGAAUGUGGUCAGUAUCGACAUGUUGAGAGAGUCCUUUCCUCUGCUGGACAUGGUGGACCACAACAGACGGCCCAAACUGCCGUCCAGUCCUAUUGCCAACCUUCCCACAGUAGAAGCUGUUAUUCUGUUUGGGGAGCCCAUUCGAUGGGAGACCAACCUCCAGCUGAUAAUUGAUAUCCUGUUGACCAAUGGGAACCUGAGCGGAGCCCACCAGACCCAGAAGCUGCCCCACCUCCCCCUGCUGGCCUGCAACAUGGAUCUCAUGUGGAUGGCUGAGGCCCAGUCUCCACGGUUUGGUCAUGGGACAUUCCUGGUGUGCCUGGAGAACAUCUACAAGAAGAUAACGGGUAAAGAGGUGAAGUACAAGGCUCUGAUGGGGAAGCCCAGUGAACUGACCUACCACUUUGCGGAGUACCUCAUCAGAGGCCAGGCUGUGGAGAGAAACUGGACACAGCCCAUCACCUCCCUCUAUGCUAUUGGGGAUAACCUGAUGACUGACAUCUAUGGGGCCAACCUCUACAGCUGUUACCUGGAGGAGAGGACCAGGAGGAAGAACUCCAAAACUGUCACCAAGAUGGCCACUGGCACGGGCUCCAGCGCAGCCCUGCCCCAGGACAAUGAGCAUGUUGAGAACACCUGGGAGAGCGAGCUGGCACCCCCCUCCGCCACCUCCUGCAAGUCUAUCCUGGUGUGCACUGGGGUGUACAACCCCCACACGGAGGUGCCCACUUAUGCCAACCAGUGCAUCAAGGAGACUGUGUUUCACGGGCACCGUGACUUCCGCUUCGACCCGGCGCUGGUAGAGCCCGGGCACAUCGUGCAGGACGUGGCUGACGCCGUGGAGCUCAUCUUUGAGCAGGAGAAGUUUGUGCCUCAGUAAUGUUCUCAGAUUGGUGUCGUCAUGGAGACCUCCUCAGUAGAGGUCUCAGGUUGGCCUGUGCUGGCCAUAUAAUUAUAAUUGAUUAUAUUCCAAUUCUAUGGUUCUGGGUUUUAAAAGAGGGGGUUCUUCAAAAUUGAUACAGAGAAGACCCAACCAACUGAUCAAUAUCCAUCUGUCCAGUGUUGUGCAGAUUUGUUUUGCAUGAUACGAUGGACCAGGAGAUUCCCUUAGUCCUUAUCUGGGAAACACCACUUACUGAGUUUCGCUGGACAGUGUUUACAACUUGGCAGGGCAUUGAAGGAACUUAAUAGAGGUCAUAUUCAAACUCAUAACAGUGUAAAGUAAUGUAGUGAGAUUGAACUUUUAUUUAUUCUGUUGUAUUGUUUUAUAGUGGGCUUAAAACGAUUUAAGUUCUGCACAAUUACCCGCCUUUAAGUAAUGGCAAGUAUUUUCUUAGUUGUGAUUAUGUACAAAGAUUAUGACAAUAUUUUAAAUUGUUAAUCUGAUUUAAGUGGUCUUAUGUAUCUUAAUGACUACAAUAAGUUAUACAUAUUUGUAUGAAGUCUAUGUAAUUCAUAUGUUUUCGAUUCCUUCUCAAACUGACAAUAAUACUGUCUACCAUACGUUUUGUCUGUUACAUCUAUGCAUGCAUUUCAUAAGAUAGAUUUCAUGCGUUAUACUGUAGAUAGAUGGUUCUAAGAUUAACUUAGCCUUAAGAUGCUUUUGGGGAAACGGGCCAUGUACUGUAAGAAUACCUAUUUGAUAUUUAGGGUGCAAUGCCGUCCUUCAACUGUGCUAUCUACGUUAUUUCUAGCAAUGUAAACCAUGUAACCUGUAUUUGCACAGAACAAAACGAUUCAUUCUCAUUUACUGUUACCAUAUCUUGCUGAGCUAGUAAACCUGCCCUUAGUUGUAAAUGUACCAUUUGUCGUAUUAGUUGUAAAUGUACCAUUUGUCGUAUGUGUUAGAACUUUGACCGCAGAUGCAAAGACUGUAUCUAGCCACUUAUAUAAAAUAUAGGAAUAUAACAUAAGCUAUUUUUUCAUAGGUGGAUUAACCAUGCAUUUCAGUUGAUGCAUUACAUGUUUUAUAAGAUGUUGUCAAUGUCAAUAUUGCUUGUAGGUAUGAAAAUAGCAUAGCCAUAAAAAAAGAAAAAAGCCGGCUACCUGUUUUUCAGUGCUGAUGAUACAGCAUGGGUUUGUUUACAUUAAAACAAAUGACUCCAUAGAAAAUAAAACAUGCUUGUCUUCUUGCCAUA